AUGAACACUAUCCACGAUUACCGCCACUUCCAAUGCAACACGUCGCUCAUUCAAGAGGCUUCAAUACCCGGCCGGCCCACCGGGACAUGGAGCAAGCCGGCAUACCUCCUCGACUUGAUCCUCUCUGAACUUAGCAAACCUGUGGGUUCUCGACUAGAAUGGCUCUUCUGGUUCGACGCGGACACAAUCAUUCUAAAUCCGCACAUCAGCCUAGAAACAUUCUUACCACCCGCCAACCUAUUUCCCAACAUCCACUUAUUGCUAGCUGAAAAUUGGGACGGUAUCAACGCGGGUGUCUUUCCCAUCCGCGUACACCCAUGGAGCGUGACACUCUUGAACGCCAUGCUCAGUUACCCUCUCUUCCGGGACGACGAGCACCUCGAGUUCCAGGACCAAUCGGCCCUGUCGAAUCUAUUGCACAGAUUCCCCGGUUUCCAAAUGAACUGGACGGUCGUGCCGCAUCGGUGGUUCAACAGUUUCCCUGUCAACAGCGUGUUUGACAAUGGAUCCUGGAUCUACGCCGAUCCAAUGGACGCCAAACACUUUGACGACGGGGAGAAACCCGAACCCGAAGAGGGGGACCUGUCGCCGUGGAAAGUCCUGAAGGGAGAUAUGGUGGUUCAUUUUGCCGGGACGCAAGAGCGUGAGAGUUGGAUGGUGCCGUGGGUAGAACGGGCGGAGAUGCUCUCGCCUGAGUGGAGUGGGCCGCAACAUCUGGCACCGCUAGAAGCUAGGGUUGAGCAGUUCUGGGAGGAGGAGAGGAGUAGUACCGAGACCCCGGAGAGUGUAAGAGAUAUAGAUCUGCCUGUUGCACCAAGUGCCGGAGGAGAACAGGAAGCAUAG